UUGGGGAACACAUUCGCCCUCCAGCGUCAACUGUGUGGAUAUUCCCGCGGAGCUCUGUUUUCUAAGAAGUGGACCACACACCUACGCGGAGUGUCUACGCGGGUUGAAGGAUUCCUGGAAAGCGGGAGCUGUCUCGUGCUAUAAGUGCACUGGUAUAUACCGUUAUACUGCAAAUAGGGUGUGAAAGGGUCAGGCGCAGAAAUCUCCCAAACUCAAAACUCUCUACCCUUGAUUCAUACGAGAAGGGGCGUUAUAUAGAAAACCCCACUGCCCGAGGGAUAUUCAACAGAAAGACUUCCUGCCCGAGGGAUAUUCAACAGAGACUCCCUGCCUCAGAGAUAUUCAACAGAAAGACUCCCUGCCCCGGGGAUAUUCAAUAGAAAGCCUAGCUGAUCAGGUCAAGAGAUUGCGAUGGCCUGCUGCGUUGACUGCCCCAAACGCUACUUGGUGGUGUUCCUGGGGUUUAUCGGGCUUCUUGUUUCCAUUGGUUUCCGCACAUGUUUUGCUUUAGUCAUGGUUCACGUGACCAAUCACACAUCAGCAGAACGUGAGGAUGAUUCCUUGUUUCGCAAUUGCACAACAACAGGCACCUCUCGAGACCUGCAGCUGAACAUAGAUCCAAGUCACGUGUUCCUUUUGCAUACUGUAUUCUACUGUGGUGGCUUCGUAACUCAGAUACCAGGCGGUAUUCUGGCUACCAAAUACUCCUCUAAGUGGGUGUGUGGACUGAGUAUUGCGGUGAGCAGUGUGCUGUUCCUGGUGCUUCCCACGGCCAUCAAGUACAACCUCCCAGCUGUGUAUGUCAUCAGGGUCCUCCAGGGUCUAGCCGAGGGCUGCUCGGUGCCUGCUCUGAAUGGCGUCAUAUCUGCCUGGGCCCCCAAAACGGAGAGAAGUCGGAUGAUAACCAUAGCAUACGCUGGUGCAUACAUCAGCCCCGCCAUCGGCCUCAUCACAACGGGCGCUUGUUCCUGCUACGUCAGCUGGAACAGCAUCAUCUACAUCUACGGUGCGUGUGGUGCGGUAUGGUCACUGGUCUGGAUGGCCUGUGUCUAUGACAAGCCGACACUUCACCCUAGACUGGGGGAGCGUGAGAGAGGACUGUUCAACACGGACCACGUCGCCAUUAACAGCCCUGAGGCGGAGGAGGAGAUUAUUCCGUGGAGGGGUAUCCUGACGUCACUUCCCGUGUACGCCAUCAUUGUCGGCGCCUUCUGUCGGAACUGGAUCUUCUCAAUGUUGAUAACACAGCAACCCCAGUACUUCAAAGAGGUGUUCCACAUGACCACAGCUGAAAUCGGGUUUCUGUCGGCUGUACCCCACGUCCUGAUGACAAUUGUGGUGAUAACGGGCGGUGUUGUAGUAGACAACUUAAUCAGACGAGGCCUAUUUUCUACAACGGUAGCCAGGAAGCUCUCGGAAUCAGUUGGGUUCGGUGUGGAGGCAACCUGUGUAAUGGCCAUCGCGUUCAUGGACGACUGGAAAAAGGCUUUCGUUCUACUCUGUGUGGGGGUCGGAUUCAGUGGCUUUGCAAUCUCAGGUUACCAGGUGAAUCCUCUUGACCUAGCCCCCAAGUAUGCCAGCGUAGUGACAGGUCUGGCUAGACUGGGGAUGCUAGGUGCCGUCCUCAGCACCCUAGUUGCCUACUUCGUGAGGGACAUGGCCUCUGACCAUGCUGACAUCGAAACGGCUUGGAAACGACUCUUUAUCAUCGCCGCCUCCAUCCACUUCGGUGGCGUCAUCGUCUACGCUGUCUUCGCAUCUGGACAGCGACAGCCUUGGUCAGGGUCCUCGUCAACGUUGUCAGUCUCCAUUCCUCAACCAGUCGCUAAUGACGACGACGAUGAUUACGAGACCACAAGACUGUUACGGAGGCGCUUACGGCUUCAUCGACCUCAGCUUGUGGAUGCCGACAGUUAUGAGUAUGGUUCAACAACUAGAUUCCUCAAUACUAUUUGAUAUAUAUACGUAGAUACAUGUCGCAACCAUGUUGUCAAACGUGUCAUUCAAUACACCAGUAUAUUGAAGACCCCUUAUCAGAAACUGACCGAUUUUAUUUAGACAACUGCGUUAUUGUGAAAUGUUAUCAAUUUUGACGACGACUGCAAUGCUUGUAUAUUUUUGUAGAUUAUUACAUACGAAUGAGAUAAACUGAGUGUUGGGAUUGUACAGAUUGUUGUGCUAGUAUUGCAUCACACAUACCACUCAGCCCAAAUCGUGUACCGAGGUUUUAAGGGAUGUUGAGAGUCACAAAGCACAGCGAGAGUUAAUUGUUUGUUGGGUCUGUAGGGGUUAUGGCGGUGGUGCGAGUUUUUAUAUGUAUAUAUGGAACAGCAGUGGUCUGUGAAAAUCUCCCAUUGUCGUGGGGCUGUGUACAUAUCGUUGGUAAAUAAA